UACAUUCAAAACUUAAGCGAGAACAUUUUUUUCUUCUUCUUUUCUAUAUUGCUAAAAUAUGAGCAGUGCUGCCGCUAAGCAUUUAAUUUUUUUUUUUUAUUUCUGUUGUGUUUAACUCUUUGUGUUCUGAAGUUCUUUUCUGGGUGGAGGAUUUACUUGUGUGUAGACUUGGAUGUAAAAACGAAAAAUAACUGGUUCAUUUCUGAAGUAGUUUGUUAGAAACGGUAAAAGCAAGGAGUGUGAUGUCAGUUCGAAGUAAAAACAUUCUAGUCCUUGUUUCAAUGUGGGCAGACGACAAUGGAAGAUACACUUUGAUAUUCGCAGCAUGGAGUCUUCCUUUUUCACUGAUGUAGUCAUUUCUGUCAUGGAGAAUUGUUUAAAACGCCGAGACCUGGAUAGUGGCAGUGAGUUGGAGGACACUGAAGGCAGCGAACUGGACAAUGACAUGGAUUCCGGAGAGCGAAAGGAUCUCUUAGUAUCUCCAUCAGAGGAGAGCGGCCAGUACCAGCCUGAGUACGAUAGCGGUCUGAUAAGUCCUUACAAGCGCUUGAGAGUAGAGGAUCUCGCCCACACGUCAGCAGAGUCUCACAUUGGUGAGGAGGAGGCACACAGUUUGUUGAGAUCCAUCGACGGUUGUGACAUCUCCUGGUCAAAAUUCACGGGGGCGACGUCAGUGGAAGACUUUGGUCAGAGUACAAACAAUAAUUCAAACUCACCUACUAUAUCCUCCCUUGAAACCCGGAAGGACACAACGCCGAGACGUCAGCUUGUCAAAAGAGGCACCAGCAUUGACGAAGCUUUACUGGCUGAUUCUCGAGAGCGUGAGUUUCCUCUUCCUCCAGCCAUAGACAAAAGACAAACUUCCACACACACUAGAGAACUGGACUCUCUUCUGUUAGCUUCCUAUCAUCCAGACUUCCAGACUCUAGAGUCCAGACAUAUCUCUUAUCAAUCACGAUGUAACAGUCCUGUGGUCUCAACUCAAACUCUGUCAGUCUCCAGACAAAACAGUGGCUCCAACACUCAAGAUUCAUUUGACUUGUUGGAGAUACACGCUGAGGAAGAGCCCACUGAUAGUCCCAGUGAUGCCAUCUAUGAAGAAAUGCCAGAGAAAGAAGCUUCUGAUCCAACUUCUGUAAAAACUGAGGCAUCCAGUGCGGGCUCAUUGGCAUGCACCAAGUUAACACAGUUGGAAAACUUAAAGUCGGUGGGUAUCAGCACUCAGGGUCUUCCCAUCAGAGUCUCUCCUCUUCCUGUAGCAAGCAGUCUUGCCUCAACAUUGUCGUCCAGCUCCCAAAGGGAGACGCUCAGUGACGGUGUAUCCGCUGUGUAUGACACCGUGGACUCUGAGCCAGAAGGAACAGCCUGGCCAAAACUAAUGCUGGAUGGAGGUUUAAGCUCAGGUCUUCCUAAGCCUGCAACAUCUUCAGGUGUUAGUACCAAGGAAAUGCAAGAACUCAAACCCAUUCCAAACUCAGGAUCCCAAUUGUUUUCAAGUUUGAGAUCGUUAUCAGGAGAUGGACAUGCUAAUAGAGAAAUGAACUUGGAGUUGAAUCAAUUCUCCCAGGCCCAUGGGACCAAGUCUCUAUCCUGGGAUGACAUCUGCCAACAGUACCAGCAGCAUCUGCAGUAUCAGUUUACUACAGAGAGCCAGCCGUACACCACGCCACAGGACUACCAGCUACCACAACAGUAUAUUAUGCCCAUUCCACCAGCAGGUCCAACUUCCCUGGACAUGGCCCAGUCUGCAGGCACCAGGGAGAUGCUUAGCUAUUUGGGCUAUCACUCUAAGAACAGGCACAGCUCCCAGAGAUCUCUAAAGAGCUGCAGCUCCCAGGAGAGUGGCCGUCAUCAGAAAUCCACCAACUCCAGGUCCUCCCAGGAAAGUAUUGAGCGCACUGAGAAAUCCUACCCCAGUAGCCUGGUCAUCUCGGACCACACAUCCAAGAAAGCUUUUCUUCAAAGUCCAGGCCAUUUGAAGUUAUCAGCAUAUUGGAAUGUUGGCCUCCUGACUGUCCAUGUCAUACAGGCCAGGUGUCUGUCCUCUGCCUGGGCUUCCCAUUGUGACUCUUACGUCAAGAUGUCUCUGGUACCCGACGAAAGCAGACGAACACGAUGCAAAACCCAAGUCCAACUCACCAGCAACAACCCGGUGUACGAUGAGAAAUUCUCUAUGGAGAUACUGGAAGAAGACCGUCGCAAGAGAUUAUUGAUAUCAGUCUGGCACAAAGAUCCAUCCAAUGGUGCUUCCGAGUUCCUGGGAUGUAUGUCUUUCGGUGUCCAGAGCCUGUUAGAGAAGGAUCUGGAUGGCUGGUACUAUCUUCUAACGGAAGAAGUUGGCAGGAAGAAGCACUUACAAGCUCACACCAAGCCUAAGCCUGUUCUCACGGCGAGAAAUCACCAGAACAUUCCUCAAAUCAACAAAGCUGUUGAAGGACUGGAGAGAAUAGUGAUAACUGUUCAACGUGGUAAAAAUGGAUUUGGUUUCUCAUUUGUGGAUGAGUUUCCACCGAAAGUUGGCCGUGUGGAUAGAGCAUCUCCUGCAGAGCAAGCUGGGGUCAAGAAGGGUGACAUGGUGAUUCGUAUCAAUGGUCAGAAUGUCUCAAGGUCAACUUGUGAAGGAGUGGCUCAUUUGGUCAAGAAAUUGAACGCCCACUCCAUUACAUUGGAGCUACAGAGAGAGCAUGUCAUUAAGAACACUGUUGAGAUCUCAACUUCAGCUUCCAGCAACCCUCACCACCCCUCACCCUACAACAAACGAGGCGUGGGUACAUCCACUGACCACCUCUACGAGAGCAUCACAGACAGGUCUGACCACCACAAGGAGAACUGGGUCAAUGGCUCACAGGAUGAGUUCUUGACUGAUGAUGACACAGCUUAUUACCAUCAGAAUGACCAGCCGAAAGCCAUUACCAGCACUCCUCGGCCAUUUAUUAAACCAACUCACAGGACUGUGAGUACAGCAAGUCUUCCUACCACCAACAAACACGAGUCCAUUCAUCGUCUGAUGUCACUGGAGCUGGAUUACAUUGACUUCAUGCACUAUGGGAUUGAGAGAUAUUCCAGACCACUGCGUCACUGCAUUGUGUCUGCCCAGCAACACAUGGCCCUCUUCCAAAAUGUAGAGAAGCUGGUGACUAUCUCAGAGUAUCACAUCAAACAAAUGCAAGACAAUACAUCAUCAGUUGACUCGGACACGGAGGAUUCUCAAUCCAGUGAAAGCAGUAUGUUCCCCAACUCUGUGGCAUUGAUCUACCAGUCCAAGGUCCACAUGUUGUGCCAGGCUUAUGAGUCCUAUGCCAAUGGACUGGCCAGCUCCAACACCCUGCUGAAAGAGUUGAGAAAGAACAGAGACUUCAUGAGCUUUGUGAAAGACACGCCCAGUGAAGAUGGACAGAACUUUGGACAACCAACUAUCAGUGCUUUCAUCAACAGACCAGUUCAGCACAUCCAAGAACUGUGUAUGGUGCUGAGUGAGAUCUUCGCUGCGACUCCCCUGCACAGCCCAGACUUCGCCACUCUGCAGCAGAUUGUCAUCAAGUUGUCCCAGUGUGUCACCGCCAUCACUGGUCUCAGCUCAGCCGGACGUGUGCAGAGUUUGGACUCUUUGGCCUCGUCGCAGGGUCAAACCAGUAGCAAGGCAGCCAGCAGCAGUAAAGGAAGCAUGGCAUCUCUCUCGUCCUGCUCUUCAGCUGAAGCUGAUGCCCGGUGCCCUCUGAUGCCUUCCAGCACUGCCUCAGUGAGAUCAUUAGAUAGAGAUGUUCUCCGUGUUCAAGAAAGACUAGUCCUGGCACCUUCAGUACCUGCUUUCCAGCUGUGCCAAGAAUCCAGACACUUGAUCUAUCAAGGCAACAUCUACAGGUGUGAGAGGGGAUCCUGGUUCAAAUCUCAGCUGCUUUUAUUCUCAGACCUCCUCCUGAUUGUUGAUGAAGAGCCUGACGGUGCUCUCUUAGUGACUUCUAGUCCUACCCUCAUACAAGACAUCAGCGGCAUUGAAAUCAACAGGAAAUAUGCCUCUGAAUUUGUUCUUCACCUCCAACCAGCCACAGCCUCCACGCUCCCACGCAGACAACCUUUGACUUCAUCAUCAGGCAAAGCUAAAGCCAUCGUCCUGAGAGCUCCAUCUGCCCAGGAGAAAUUUGUUUGGCAAUCCCUGUUAGAGCAGAGGGUGGCUGCUGUUAAUGGAAGCAAGUUACAGCAUUAUGGUUCUAUGAGGGACAUCUCCAAUGCCAAGACCAGCAUCAUCUUGUAGUUGUAUCACAUAGAUGGGUUACAUCACACGCACACUUUGAUGCUUCACAGCGCUAGAGAUCUCUCCAAGGCUAUAACAACACUAGAGGCUCUUUAUCACCACAGCUUACGCACACUUUGAUGCUUCACAGCGCUAGAGAUCUCUCCAAGGCUAUAACAACACUAGAGGCUCUUUAUCACCACAGCUUACGCACACUUUGAUGCUUCACAGCACUAGAGAUCUCUCCAAGGCUAUAACAACACUAGAGGCUCUUUAUCACCACAGCUUACGCACACUUUGAUGCUUCACAGCACUAGAGAUCUCUCCAAGGCUAUAACAACACUAGAGGCUCUUUAUCACCACAGCUUAUGCACACUUUGAUGCUUCAUAGCGCUAGAGAUCUCUCCAAGGCUAUAACAACACUAGAGGCUCUUUAUCACCACAGCUUACGCACACUUUGAUGCUUCACAGCGCUAGAGAUCUCUCCAAGGCUAUAACAACACUAGAGGCUCUUUAUCACCACAGCUUACUGCUACCAGAAUCUUCUGAUUCAUCUCUGUUGUGGGUAUUUUGUUGGUUACUUCCCUUGACAGUCAUUGUUCUGGUAAAGUUAUCUCCAACUGAACUGUUUUUCAUCUGAUAAAUAAACUUUCUGUGCUGUAGUCUAAGCAGAGUCUGAUGGACUUGGCCAAAUGAUGCAGCUAUUCACUAGGACACAAGGUAUCCCUUAUUGACUAGUGCUGUCUUCACAAAACUGUUUUCUCAAGUGUAAUCUAGUCUCUAGAAAACAUCUUGCUAUAAUUGUGCCAGUAGAACAUGGGCCCUGGAUAUGUUUUGUAUGGUUGAACACUUUCUAGUGUAUCAACAGACCAAAUGGAAACAAAUUCAACAUUUGAUUAAUGACCUACACAGUGAACUUUGUGAAUAGGCCAUUGUAAAACUAGUCAGAAUAUUUUAUUUGUCUGGUCAAUAUAACUGGACAUGUUAAUAUAUCAAUUUAUUUCUUGUCUUUCUAUGUAUGUUGAGGUUUGGUAGUGCAAAUCGUAUUUGUAUAAUUAAUGUAUGCGUCAUUCUGUGCCCUAUAUUCUACUGUCACUGCCUACAUCAUGCUAUAGACUGCAACUCAUAGAUCCUCUGAGCACUCAUGUUCUAGAUGGACCUUGCUUUUCAUUGAGCAGUUUGAUGUGCAUACACUAUUAAUUUGACUAAUUUCUAAUUAUUACCUUACAUUAGAAAUGUAUCUGCUGAUAUAUAUGUAUAUAUGAUGGGUUUGAACUAAGUCUACCUCAAUUUUAUUUUAAACACUAGAUAGUAUAACCUAUACUUUGUGCAUGGUAAGCUUUAGUAAGAGUUAUCUACGGCUGAAUAAAUCAGCAAGUAUUGAGAGCCUGUAUCGAUUAUUCAUGGUGUAAAUGCCCUAUGUCUUUGUAGCUGUUUUGGAACUGCCACACUUGAUUGAUUGAAAUAUGCAAACUAUCAUAUGUGUAAUAUUGUUAUUAUCACUACUGAAUGAUAUCCUGACAUGUAAAUAGCCCCAGUUGUUUUUUUUUUUUUGUUGAUGUUGAUGUGCUGCUAGUGAUGAAACUAGUGGUCACCAUUCCAAUGUAUCUGUCCAAUAGUGUUCUAUUUGACUUUCUUUUGUAUACAAAUUAUAUUUAUUUUAAAUUGUCUAUCCACUACAUUGCUUGUCCUAACUUGCCAUUAGACAGGAACUAAACUGUCUAUCUUGCUACAUCUUCUGUAUCUAGUUUGUUUCUUUCAUUUUUGUCUGUCCUCCUCUGCCUUCUAGUCCUCUGUCCCCCAGUGGAACAAUCUGUACAUAGAUCCUUAUACAACUCUAGUCUGGUGUAUAACUGUGUACAUAGAUUCUAAUUCCACUCUGCUAAAUGUGUCAGUAAUAUUUGUACAAUAUGAAAUUGAUUCGUCCAAUAAAUUAUUUGAAAUAAU